AUGCGACAUAGCUGCCGGCGCUGCCUUGCAUCUUCCAGCGUGCUGCCUUCUACUUCUCCUCUUCUCGGAACAUCCAACAUAGCUGCCGGCACUGCCCUGCACCUUCCGGCAGUGCUGCCUCCUACUCAUCCUCUUCUCAGAACAUGCGACAUAGCUGCCGGCGCUGCCUUGCAUCUUCCAGCGUGCUGCCUCCUUUUAUUUCGCAGGUUGUUUUCUUUGGCUUGGGGUCAGUUGGCUUGGUGCACAGCUUCCAUCUUUCUUGAUACCAUAGGAUGUACUAAUCUCCAGCAUGUGUAA